UGGACCUCAGCCGGAGUCCGAGUUGGUGUCAAUAUUUUAAGCUCUCUAGGCUUCAGCAGCCAACGCCUCAUCCGCGGCACUUUUACCCCCGGGAGAGAGACAGAGAUGCCAACCUGGAAGGACCGUUUCAUAACUCUCACCUUCCCGAAAAAAGUCAUCUUCACCGUUGGCUCGCUGUUCCUGUGUUUCAUUCACGCGGCUGUCAUCGCAUCCGACCUUUAUCACUUCCUCGUCACCCAGAAUGUGGAUCUCAUGAGCUUCCGCUUUACUGUGGUGCUCUUGUUCUCCCACGUGCUCAGCUUUUACUGGGCCGUCCUGGCAACUAUCUACACCUUGCUGGGCAAGGACAACGUGCUGAUCUAUUUUGCCCUCACCUCUCUUGCCAUGAACUUUGCGAUGUGUCUCGCCCGCUUCUCCAUGGACUACAUCACCAUCGAAUAUAGAGAGGAGCAAUAUUGAAUCUUGCCGGCAAAAGAAAGGGCAGCAGAGAAGAUAAAAGAUGGAACGAUCCUCAAACCCUCAAAGACUCUGAUGAAUAAGUAGGUUGUGAUAAUGGUGCCGAACGGGCGCCCAAGGCAAGAUCCUUUAUUUUAACAAAAACAGAUAAUUGUUUUUACCAAAAAACUGAAAUUACUUUAAAAUUUAAAUGUUUGAUUUAAAAGGUUCAACUUAAGUUCCAAAUGUAAAUAAAA